AUCAGAAGUUGGCGCUUGAAUCACGGUUGGGGAUACCAAUCAUUUAUGGGAUUGAUGCUGUUCAUGGUAACAAUAGUGUCUACGGUGCUACUAUAUUUCCUCACAAUGUUGGUCUUGGAGCUACCAGAUCUUGUUCAAAGAAUUGGAGCUGCAACUUCACUUGAACUCAGAGCUAGUGGAAUUCACUACACUUUUGCUCCUUGUGUGGCAGUAAGGCAUCAUAAUCAACCAAUCAUUAUUUGUUUCUGAAUUAGUUAUACUCAUUAAAAAAAAAUCUUCUGAAUUCCACUAUAUAAAGAGUCAUUUUAGCAAUUCGUGCAAUGUCAACAGUGGUUAGGCAUGGAUUUGUACUUUUGCGGCAUCUAUUCUUGGUAUCAUGGAAGAGGUGAUAGAUGGCCACCCUAUAUUGACGUUUACAAGUAAAGAGCAAAAUCAUACUUAAUGUAGUGCUACAAUCCAAAUUUUAGCCUAGAUAAGCAGUGGUUGUUUGGUCCUUACUCCUUAUUUGAAAUCAUUAUUUGGCAUUUUACCUUGAAGCAAUUAAUAUUGUGUAUGUUCUGUACUUAGUACUAUUGCUGUGUACAUUUACUCUGUACUGUACAACAAAGUCUCUUACAAAUAAUAUUAGAGUUGUAAAGUAAUACUCACACAUUCACACAAAAAAAAGAGUUAUGAAAGAGAGUAAAAAAGUUUCGCUUCUUCUGAACUGAAUUUAGAGAUGAGAAUUGAUUCUGGUUAAUAAAAACCAAACUUCUUCUCAAAUUGAUUAAAUUGGAAAACUUAAGACUUAAACAUCCAUGACAAUGAAGAGGCAUAGAUUGUGCUUCUUCUUUCUUUUAUUUGUGGCACUUAACAUUCAAAUAGAUUAGUGCUGGAAAUGCAGAUAUUCAACUCACAUAAAUAGUUGAAUGGACAGGUUUGUAAAGAUCCAAGAUGGGGAAGAUGCUAUGAGAGUUACAGUGAAAACACUGAAAUUGCUGGAAAGAUGACUUCUUUUGUUUUAGGUUUGCAGGGCCAUCCUCCGUAGAUGAAAGCCAUCGAUGCUACUUACAUUGCUUAUAAAUUCAUGUCCUUAAGAGACUGAAUCUACAAAUCUCUUACCUUUGUCAUCUUUUUUCUUCAUAGUCUUCUCUUGACUGUUUUUUUGAAUUGAUUGUAAAUGAAAAUGCAUCUUGUUGAAAUUCCUUUAGCAAUCUAUAUACCAGCAUAAAUCUUUAAAAGCCAUCACAAUCUCAAGUUGUGAAAUUACUCUUUUCGGAAUUGAAACAAACACAUCCUAAAAAGAAGAAAAGCUCUAUGGCUUUUGAGUUUCCUGAAGUUAUUGUGAAAGGGAGUAACUCAACUCUCAUUGUGCAGGAAAGAUUUAUUUUACCUUCUAUCCCAAGUACUGCUGUAAAAUGUGACAUGUUUGUUUAAAAAAUUUGUUACAUUUUUCCUAGUUUACAUGUCAUUUAUUUACACAUAUGUGCAAUUUAAGUACUUACAUGCUCUUGGAGUAUUUUUAGUGCAUGAUCCAAAAGCAUCCAUAACCACCCAUUCUAUAUGUUUUAUAUAACUUGUAAACAUUAUAAACAAAAACAGGAAGCUGUAAAUGUUCUUUGAGCACAAUGAGCUAACUUUCAUUUUUUUUAAAAUCAGCGAUGCAUUACAUAUCUUUCUUUAUCGAGGUCAUAUUCAUUCACCUGAGUUGCAUUACAGGAACAAUGUUAUUGCUUGUGCCAAGCAUUUUGUUGGAGAUGGAGGAACAGAGAAAGGUGUAAAUGAGGGGAAUACUGUGUUAUCGUAUGAAGACUUGGAGAGAAUACACUUGGUCCCUUACGUGUACUGUAUAGAGCAUCGAGUUUCGACCAUUAUGGUGUCAUAUUCUAGCUGGAAUGGAAAUAAACUCCAUGGUCACCAUUUUCUUCUAACUGAAAUUUUGAAAGGAAAACUAGGCUUCAAGGGAUUUGUGAUUUCUGAUUGGGAGGGAAUUGAUGAACUCUGCCAACCAUACGGAUCAGAUUAUCGUCACUGCAUCUCCACUGCCAUCAAUGCAGGAAUUGACAUGGUGAUGGUCCUUUUUAGAUAUGAACUUUUCAUGGAAGAGUUGGCCUUUCUAGUGCAAUCAGGGGAAAUACCAAUAGCCAGAAUUGAUGAUGCUGUUGAGCGGAUUUUGAGAGUGAAGUUUGCUGCUAAACUUUUUGAGUUUCCUUUGACUGACAAAUCUUUGCUAGAUAUAGUUGGUUGCAAGCCACAUAGAAAUCUAGCUCGAGAAGCUGUUCGAAAGUCCUUGGUCCUGUUGAAAAAUGGAAAGAAUCCUAGUAAACCUUUUCUUCCCUUGAGCAAGCAUGCUAAAAGAAUUCUUGUUUCUGGAACUCAUGCCAAUGAUAUCGGAUAUCAAUGUGGAGGGUGGACCGGUUCUAAAUAUGGAUCUAGUGGCCAGAUCGCAAUUGGCACAACUAUCUUAGAUGCUAUUAAGGAAGCAGUGGGAGGCAAAACAGAAGUCAUUUAUGAGCAAUAUCCAUCAAUAGAGAUCAUCGAACGCCACGAGUUUCCUUUCGCCAUUGUUGUCGUCGGUGAGGCUCCCUACGCUGAGGGAAGAGGUGACAAUUCAGAGCUCACAAUCCCUUUUAAUGGAUCUAGAAUCAUAAACCUGGUUGCUGAUAAAGUCCCAACACUAGUGAUUUUGAUAUCUGGAAGACCAUUGGUCAUAGAGUCAUGCUUGUUGGAAAAGAUAGAUGCUCUUGUUGCUGCUUGGUUGCCGGGUACUGAGGGACAGGGAAUCACAGAUGUCAUCUUUGGUGAUCAUGAAUUCAAGGGUCAACUACCAAUGACAUGGUUCAGAAGAGUUGAACAGCUUGAUCAACUAGUUGAUCAUGGAGUUAAGUCCUAUGAUCCCUUGUUCCCUCUUGGUUAUGGACUAGCAUAUAAUAAGGAGAAUUUAUAUGAUUAAGGUGCUGGUUCGAUUUCGUCUUCAGACACAUACUGACACGGAAAAAUAUAGACAGAGACAUAAAAGUUGUCUUUGUAUUUUAUUUGAUAAAAAUAAAUAUACAAAAAGAAAGUAAAGUUGUGAAACUGGAAGAGACAAAUUUGAAACUAUAAACUGGAAGGAGAAUAAGAUGGGUAAAUAGUGAUAAAAAUUUCUAUCUAUUGUUGUGUCAUCCAUAAAAGAAACUUGUAGAUUUCGUUUU